CUCAGCAGGAUAAAUACAAGAGGAGGACCGUUUCACAAUCACAGCUAGUUGUUGACCAGACCGUCGGACAGUUAUAGAGGGGGCACCUGGAGCUGAAGAUUUAAAACAACAAAGAUCACACCUACAGCUGAGCUAUACGAGCUACAGGCAAAAUGUGGUGUGCAGCUUUCCUGUUAUUGGCUGCCAGCUUGUCGGUGAGCCUGGCCAGACCCCGCCUCCCACCACUGUCCAGUGAGAUGGUCAACUACAUCAAUAAGAUCAACACUACCUGGAAGGCUGGUCACAACUUCCAUAAUGUCGACUACAGUUACAUCCAGAAACUCUGCGGUACAAUGUUGAAGGGACCUAAACUGCCAGUCAUGGUUCAGUAUGCUGGAGACCUGAAGCUGCCUAAAAACUUUGACGCCAGAGAGCAGUGGCCCAACUGUCCCACUCUGAAGGAGAUCAGAGACCAGGGCUCCUGUGGAUCCUGCUGGGCGUUUGGCGCUGCAGAGGCCAUUUCUGACCGUGUGUGUAUCCACAGUGAUGCCAAGGUCAGCGUGGAGAUCUCCUCAGAGGAUCUGCUGACCUGCUGCGAAAGCUGUGGCAUGGGAUGUAAUGGUGGCUACCCUUCAGCUGCCUGGGACUUCUGGACCAGUGAGGGGCUGGUCACUGGCGGUCUCUAUGACUCCAACAUUGGUUGUCGGCCCUACACCAUCCCCCCCUGUGAACACCAUGUGAAUGGCAGCAGACCCCCCUGCUCUGGGGAGGGUGGAGACACACCCCAGUGCGUCUUGAAGUGUGAAUCUGGAUACACUCCCAGCUACAAAGUAGACAAGCACUUUGGUAAAUCGUCUUACAGCGUGCUGUCAGAUGAGGUGCAGAUUCAGAGUGAGCUAUCCAAGAACGGCCCAGUAGAGGCAGCCUUUACCGUCUAUGAAGACUUUGUGCUGUACAAGUCUGGUGUGUAUCAACAUGUGUCAGGGUCUGCUGUGGGCGGCCACGCCAUCAAGAUCCUGGGCUGGGGAGAGGAGGAUGGUGUUCCUUACUGGCUCUGUGCCAACUCCUGGAACACUGACUGGGGCGAUAACGGAUUCUUUAAGUUCCUGCGUGGAUCGGAUCACUGUGGUAUUGAGUCUGAGAUUGUGGCGGGGAUUCCCAUAUAAAUUCUACGGUCGUGAGCUGCAGUGUCAUCACAUAAUCACUAGAGGGCGACGCACACAACUUGUCUGCUCUAGAACUCUUUUAACAGCUUUUAGUCCUUUUAGAUAAAUCCCACUGAUCACCUUGCACACAUGGCAUGUGGUUUUUCUUUUGACAGCAGACAGAAAAAAAACCUCAAGAGCAACCUUCACCUCAUUUAGGUUGGAUUAGCAGAUGGAAUGUGCCUGAGCAAAAAUCAACAUUGUUGAAUUGAAGGUGUUUUUUGUGAAUGAGCUGUUUAAGAUCUUGUUCCUUCACCUCUUGGAGCAAUGUCAAUCAAAAAGUUGCACAGGAGGAAAAUGUUUUUAAAGAUGCGUACGUGCAUUUAAUUUUGUCUCAGGUGAUUUGAAGCUGAUUGUCACUGUUGUAGAAUUGUUUUUGUUCCCUGUGUUGUUACAUUUUUUUCUGCACUGGUGGAAAGUGUCUUAGAGCAAUACAGCCCAGGAUUGAAAGAAAUUACAACACUCUGCCUAAUGCAGCAGAGAAGGUCAGUUUGUUUGAAUGCGUCAGCUUUCAUAUUUAAUAUUUUCAUUCGGCAUUACUCCUCAAUGCCAAAAAUACCACUCCAUUAUGUUAGGACACACUCAUUGUGAUCUGUGCCUGUUAGUGUUUUUAAAUUUUGAGUAUGGGAUGAGAAAUUUAAUUUUUUUUUUAAUAUGGUUGAUAAUGGGAUGAUUUUAAUUGUCUGCCUGUGUCGACCAAAAUAUCGACUUAUAACUGUUCUAAAAUAAAUAAAACAAUAUUUGAUUCCCGA